UGCUUGGAUUUUUUUUAAUAUUCUUAAACAAUUCAAAUGAAUAUUAGAAUAUGUUUUGAACUUUAAUGAACAGAACCCCAUAAUGUACAGUGCAACACUGUGUUAUAAUAGUGAAACACCUCCAGACUCCACUCAAGCUGGGUAAGCCACUAAAUUACCAAAGAAAACAGAAACUUAUUGGGCACAUGAAUGUGGUUGUUUUUUGCAAUAAUAUUCAAAUACAGUAUUUGCUUCAGCAGCAUUCCUGAUUUACAGGACAAAUUAAAUUAUCCAAGUGCCUGUUUGACAUUUCUAGUGUGUAAAAUGUGUUGUGCAUAACCCACCAACAGCUGAAAAGUUACAGCUUAUAGAUUCAGGAUAGGUCUUCAAAUCAGGUUCAUAUAAAAAGAAUAAAAAAUCAUUAGUCAGAUUGCCACAAAACAGAAAGCCAUUCGGCCCAAUGUCCUCUGCAAUGUAGAUAUAUGUUUUUUUAAUUUUUAUCUGGAACUACACUUGGUUAAAGAAAUCAGUUUGCAAGUCAAGCAUUCAUUUAGUGUUGCACUUGCUUGUCCAUUUCACCUGGAGGGGUAUCCUGUUUUAAAAUGAAAAAAAAAAACAUGUGUGCUAUAACAUGUGUUUCUUUCAAAACUGCACAUUUCAGACCUAUUUAGCUAAUGGAAGUACAAAACAGGUAAGAUUUAUGAAAUUAUUUUGCUAUCUAGAAUUACUUUACAAUCCACCUAAACAUUCUCUGUUAUGCCAUCUAUCUGAUCUGCUGUCCUGUAGGGCAGAGCUGGUGUCAGAUCACUAAAGGCAGGGUAGCUUGAAGUUUCCACUGGGCUUUUCACACACUGUAACAAGUGGCUUGCAGACUGGACUAUAUGAAGCAGUGGGUGGCUAGAUGGAACAUUACUUUACCAGUCUCUGCUUGAUGGAGGCCCAGGGCUGAAUGGCAGGCUGGGUGCUUAGGCUAGGACUGUGCUAUCUUGCAUUAGAGUGAGUGGGUAAAAGCUCAUGGAGCCAUUGACACUGGAAAUGCUCCCAGAUUAAUUGAGGUUUGGAUGAGUGACGUUCCACUUUGAUAAAAAACAAAAAAAAAAAUUAAACCAGCUCUCCCCUUACGUGAAAGAGAAUCUUGACCUUAGCACACAAUAAAUUUCAACAAGGAGACCAGGAGAUGUCUGUUCAUUGCACGUGUAUAUUAGAAUGGCUUUGAGUUGUAGAAAUGAACUGGUCACAAUGAAUCUUUGGGGUGCCGCACUACACAAACGAUGUGUACCAUCACAUUGUUGUCAAUGCCAUCUUUAGAUAGACCUUUUAUUUGAUAUUAUCGAUUUUGAAAUGCUCACAGUUUGUUAAGUAUCGCUAUUCAGGGAUUCCUGGUAAACUGCAAGCUGCAUGCUUUCAUAGUUUACCCUUCUGUGUACUCAAGGGCAGUGUCAGCAGCAGGUUUCUGAAGCGGGAGGAAUGCUCCUACAAUUAUGCCGCUGUGAAUGUCAUCUUCAAGCUCUGCUGCAGCUCAGAGAGGCAAGCCAAAUGGAACCACAGAAGGUGUUGUUAUACUGUAAGAUUUUACAGGAAUUUCCAGCAAAACAUGUAAAAACUCUUUUCAAAGUAAUUAGGGACCACUUUCCACACCUGAAACUCCAAAUGGGCGCCAUGACCUUUUCAUGCACUUCUAUGUACUGGCUUAUCUUUAAUCAACUGCAACACUAGCUUAGUUGGCUUAAUUAAGGACACUGCCUUAAACACUUUAACAAGCGUCUUAGUGUAGCGGCAAUGAAUAGGAUGUAUCUGUACAUUACCUGUACAUAUGAAUUAGAACUUUAUUUUUAAUAUUUAUUAAAGUUCAAGUGUCUGUGGUAUUUUGCAAAACAGGUGUCUGCGUUUUUCUUUAUAUCAUAUUCUGUGAUAAAACAAACAAGUACAUUUUAGGUACAAAGAAGUGUGAAACCCUAAAGCCACGCAGUUAAGAUUGAAACCAUGAAAGGUAGAAUAGAAAGGGUUAAUAGAAUGUGCUCUUCCCCGCCCAUGGUGCUUGUUUUCCAGCCCUUGUUUCUGCUGUUCAUCACAUCAUUGGAGCUUGCUUUCGUCAUCAGUCUCAUGCUCAACACCUGCGUGAGCUGUCCUGCUGCCCAUUGUGUUGUUCACCUGAGUUAAGUCUGGUGUUUUUGUUUGAAAUAUUUUACAGCAUUAAUACAAACCAACCGAGCGUUCUUUGAGAUGCAACACUGCAUAAAUAUAAUACAAUUACAAAUCUUUUCCCUAAAAACAAAACCAAAAUAAAACACCAAACUCGGUGUUCUCAUUAACAAGUGUUCUCAUUAAGCAGGGACACUUACACAGGUGUCGAACGUGCAAUGAAUUGGCCUCUUGAAUUGAAUUGAAUUGAAUUUAAUGGCAAGGCAAGGGCUGAAAGACAUGCAGUAGGACCAGGAGAAUACCUGUAGCAUCAGGCUGGAUUGAGCUGAAAUGAAAGACAUGCGUCCCCGAUCUCGACUGCUCGCUAAGAAGCAGCUCCCCACAAUUUGUGAAGCCUAUGAGGAGAUCCUGCAGGACAUGAAUGACAGUAACAAGUUCUCCAGUGGGUUCUACAUCCACUCUGAUUCCCUGUCCUCAGAAGACUACCUGCAAUCCAUCUGCCAGCUGGCCCGGCCCACCUUCCCUGUAUUGGAGGACUGUGAAGUCCAGAGCUCUGACAGACUCAACUCCCAGAAGCAAGCUCCCCACCUGCCGAGACUGCCCCCCCUGGCUCCACCCCCAACUCCCGUGCAUCCUUAUUUGAGCAGCUGCCUUCAGGGGACCCUGCUCUCUGACAUCAUCUCCCUAGAGGGGGUCAGCCUCACUCUCAAUAAGAACAUCUCCCCUCUUUUUAGAGCUGACCCGCUGGAACAGCUGUAUGGACACAGAGACGCGUUUCAUCUCAAAGACUCAAAGGGACCAUCCAGAUUCAGCAAAACACAAAUGGAACCUGUCCGAACCAUGCCCCGGAAAAACAGCUGUCCUGAACUUAACCUGGAAGCACAAACCAAACUGGAUUCCCAGUGUGCUCCUGGAACUCCAAGCAAUAAAGAAACCAGCUCUGCUAAUCUUACAGCUCAAGUCUGGCCUUGUCCUCCUAAAGAAAACAAUCUCAAAGAAAGACGCACUAAAACCAACGCCAGGAGACACCACAGCCUUGUCAAGAUCCCAGAAGAGCUCAAAAGCAAAGGCAGCAGUGCUGCAGUGAGUGAGGAAAAUCUGUGCAACUCGCAUUUGGAGUUUCCAGAGAAGCACGGCAUGAUUUAUAACUGGAUAACGGACUGCAGAAGUGCCUGGAAAGAGGCCCGGGUCACAGCUUGUAUGCUCCCCGCCAUCGCGGAAAUGUAAAUCUAGCUGAGCUAAAAAAAAAUCUGCAUGCCACUACUUAGAAACUACCGUAGCUUGUGCUUGCUCACAGAGCAUAUUGUGCCCAGUGUCACCUCUCACUUCUCACCCCGCCCUCAUCUCAACUCUAUUGGUACCAGAGCUCGUAUGGUCUUGCUGAGUAGGGGAGGCCAUAGUAACUGCUGAGUUCCCUGCCUUGAUGAGGAGUUCACCCGCCAUCUUUACAUGUAUUGCUUUGCAAAUUUGGUCCUUCAGGUUGACAUCAGAGCUACUUGGUAAAGCGGCAAAAUACUGCAGCCAUCCCUGCUCAGAAACACCACAGUAUAUUUACUUAAUACUCAUUUCAUCUUUACAUUGAUGGUAUAUUGUGGAAUAAAAAUAUUACAAUAUAUAGUAGACCCUGAUAUUGACGCGAUGCAGACAUCUGAAAUGUCUUUGUAACAGAUAGUUUGUAUCAGCUUGAAAUUAAGUCGUAUGCAAUUUAGCUAUACUGUUUAAGUGCAUAUAUUAAAUAUAUAGUAGAGGGUGCUGCAUAAGAUACAAGCUGAUUCUUCACCCACUCAAGUCCACUAGUAGGUAGUGACUCUCGUGGAGAGUAUAGUACAGCAACCUAUAUAUAUUAUUCCAUAUACUGUAUAUUACUCACUGUGCUCCCCCUGGUGGCAUUAAGAAGGGAGUCCCGUGUUGAAGCUAGCUCUUACCACUGUUUUUAAGUCAUUCAAACAAACUGUGUGAAGCAGUGCUCUUUGACGUUUUAUACAGACUGCGUUUUAUUUUUUACGUACGAAUAUUGUUAUACAAAUUAAUAUAGCAUUUGUUACUUAACAAAAUCUAUAACAAUGAGCUACUAAUUUCACAGUGCUGUGAUUUGUACUGAUUUCAUUUUGUUUCUAAGAACAUCUAAAUGUAUGGCAGCUUUUAAAGAUGAAGAGAAACCCCUGUAAAUCCUUAUUUAAAUCUUGACACAAAAAGUGCUCGAUAACUAGUGUACUAUCUAGCCCGCAGUGGAGUGGUUGUGGUGGGAAGUGAUGCUGGAUCUAUACCAUUAAGAGCUACGUUGUCAUGGUAAGAUAUGGAAUUGCAAGGCAAUGCACAUACUAUAAAAAACAAGCAAUCGACUCCAGCAAUGAAUGCGGAUUCAAUGAGUAUUGAUUCCAAUAUCUUAUCUGGAAGUAGAAAAAAAAUGGUUACAAAAAUCUGGUUUUAAAGUAUACAUAUCUGUAACCAUGGAAAUAAUAAUAAUAAUAAUAAUAAUAAUAAUACUAAUCUAUUUUUAAUACAGCACCUUUCACAGUACAAAUUGCCUCAAAGUGCUUCACAUGAAUAAAAAUCAUUGACAAAUAUUAAUAAGAGAAAGCAAGAAAAACAAAAGAAAAACACACAGAACAGUAAAACAAUGCAGAGAAUAAAAGGAACACUAUUUUAGCAUAGAAACGCUCUAUUAUAAAAGUGUGUUUUUAAUCUUGUUUUAAAAGCAGUGACACUUGAUGCUUCCCUUACAGAGCUAGGCAGAUCAUUCCAGUGUUUUGGGGCCCUAUAACUGAAUGCUCUACCACCUGUUUAUUUUUUUUUAAUUUGUGGGACAGUAAGCAACCUGGCAUUCUGUGAUCUGAGUGGGGAUCUAGGAAUAUAUGAUCUUAAAAGAUCAUUUAAAUACGAUGGUGCAGGGCCAUUUAAUGCCUUAUAAAUUAAAAGCAACACCUUUAAGUCUAUCCUAAAUUGGACCGGAAGCCAGUGCAGAGAUGCUAGCACAGGAGUAAGGUGAUCUCGUCUCUUAGUCCCAGUUAAAAUUCUAGCUGCAGCAUUUUGUAUAAGUUGCAGUCGAGAUAUAACAUGGCUAUGAAUACCAGAGAAUAGGGCAUUACAAUUAUCAAUUCUAAAAGAUACAAAAGCAUGCAUCAAUCUCUCAGUAUCUGAGUGGGUAAGAUUACUUCUUAAUUUGGCAAUAUUUCUUAGAUGAUAAAAAAUAAAUGUUAGUAAUAUUCCUGAUGUGUGUCUCAAUAGAAAGAUUUGGGUCGAAGAUCACACCUACAUUUCUCAUUUUGUCUGUGAGUUCAUAAGAGAAGCCACCGAGGAGUACAUCAAACAUAUUACUUUGUUGCUUCCGAGAUCCCAGAAUCAUCACUUCUGUUAUCUGAGUUCAGCAUUAAAAAGUCUUCAAACAUCCAUUUCUUUUAUGUUAGCAAGACAGGUAAUCAAAUAUUUACAGCCGAGGUGUCACCCUGUUUUAGGGAUAAAUAUAGCUGCGUAUCAUCUGCGUAACAAUGGAAAUUAACUCCACAGCAACAAAAUAAUAUUGCCCAGAGGCAGCAUAUACAAAGAAAACAGAACUGGGCCAAGAACUGAGCCCUGUGGGACCCUGCAUGUAACCUUCGACAAAAAAGAGGUCUCCUCCUCUAUUUUAAUAAAUUGUGACCUGUUCGAGAGAGAGGAUUGAAACCAAGACAGAACACAACCUGACAAUCCUACCAGAUUUUCAAGGUGAUCAAUUAAAACAAUGUCAAACAAAGCACUUAAAUCUAAUAGUAUAAGAAGGUGUGCCCGUGUCCGAGGAUAACAACACAUCAUUAACCACUCUAAUUAGUGCUGUCUCGGUGCUAUGAUAAGAUAGAAACCCAGACUGAAGUUUCUCACAUAUGCAACUUUAAGCCUGGAGGAAUUUCUGUCCCACCCAGAAUUCCAUCAUUUACAGGUUAGUGUAAUGAAUUGGCAUCUCUGACAAUUUAAGUGAAUGCACGGAAAGGCAAGGCUUGGAUGUGAACUGCAAACCAUACUGUUCAAAGCUCUGUAGUUGAGAGGGAAGUACAUGUUACAGGCUGAUGGGAGUAUUAUUUACUCACUAGCCGCUAGGCGGAGCUCCAUUAUAGUAGACCUGUCUCUUACCUUGUUGUGCAGAACCUGAAUUCCAAUAUUGUUUCAUUUUCUGAACUUCUUAUUUGGAUUAGAAUGUCACCCUACAAACAUUCUGAACUUUUGUCAGAAGACAAUGCAAGUUAGAAAAACUGCAAAUUGAGAUAAUAAUGUAUAUAUUUUAAGCUUUGUACUUCUGUCCAUUAUUGGUUCGUAAACAAUAAAGCUUUAUAUAACAAAA